GGCAGUUAUGUUGAUUUGUUUUUUGUUUUUUCAGAUGGCUCCCAGACUCAUUAUUCCAGCACCCGAGCAUUUUACUGGCCGCGUCACAUAUAGGGGCACUGGAAUUUUCGCAAAAAUCAAAGCUCGGUUUGAGGAGUUCAACCUUAAUAACACGGCGAAGGAAAGCCGUUUCGGGAGCUUCUGGAAUGCCGUACCCUUGACAUUCUCCUCGGUGUUAUUUCACCAGUUGAUGCUCCACAAAAUGAAAGUGGAUGCUCAGGAGGAGUUGAGGAUGCGGUUUUAUGUUGGUCGGAAGGAGGUCAGAUUCGGGGUGCUGAAGUUUGCACUCAUUACGGGUUUGGACUUCUCCUCGGGGCCAACAGAAGAGGAGAAGGCUGCGCAGGUCGCGCGCUCGGGGUCAGACCGAUUGAUCAACAGAUAUUUCAACCGGUCUGAUAGUGUGAAGACAGAAGCACUCCAACUUCAGUUCACAAACUGUCAAAACCCGGAAGACUUGUACAAGCUCGGCUUGUGCUUAUUUGUGGAGUCAGUGCUUCUGGACCGCGAGGCAAACGCGCUGAUUACGCCUCACAUACUUAGAUAUGUGGAAGACCUCGAGUUCUUCUUCCGGAUUCCUUGGGGGAAGCACUCAUUCGCCAGACUCAUGCACUCGCUUCAGAAAGACAUGUUGAAACAGAAGGCCAACUACGAGAAGAAGCCGAGUUCGGAUGUUCAGCACGAGUGCAAAUACACAGCAUAUGGCUUCGCACCUGCAGUACAAUAUUGGGCGUGCGAGGCCAUUUUGGAGGUUGGGAAGAGGUAUGGCACGAACCACGGGAUUCGGUUCCCCAGGAUGCUUAGCUGGACGAGCAAAGGCAAUAUUGGGAAGAAAGACGUCAGCGCAUUAUUUUCUAGACGGGUAUGAUUUUCACUUAUGUUCAGAAUAAUUAUUUAACAUAAAUGCUUGUAAUAAAUGCUAAAUGGUUUUAUUUUGAUAUUUUUGAACCAUAAACAGAAUCUUGAAGUGGUGAAGGGGCUACUUCCACGGACAGAGGAGGAGGCAUUUGUGAGGACCAUAUCUUACGAUGGUGUGGAGAACCUGGUUGAUGAUGUUGUCGAUGACACAGAGGCUGAGGCAGGUAGUCAGGUACCAGAGACUCAGGUCCCAGACACUCAGGAAACAGACACUCAGGUACCAAUUUUUGGAACUUUUUUUUUAUGUCUUUAUUUUUUAUUAUUUUUGUUUUGUGAUAUUUGUUACAUUGUGGAAUUAUCGUAUGCUUACCGUAUUUUUUUGAUAUAUAUUUUUUCAAGCCACUGGUUCAGAACCUCAGCCCAGUGCACCAUCUUCAUCAGGCGUUCGGGGUGCCGAGUACACUGAUUUAGUGGCUCGGUUGGAUAGGAUCGAGGCUGACACUCAGGGUCUGUAUGCUGCUCAUGUCGAGCUGAAGAAGGCAUACGAGACCAGCCAUGUAGAGCUGAAGGGUGGUCAGAACGUAAUUAUGGAGCAGCUCAGAGACAUAUUGGCCAUGUUGAAUCGUCCGCCAACGACAGCUUCAAAGACCGGAGGCCCCAGCAGAUCCAUCUACCCCACCACCAGCUGCUUCACCCCCAGUAGAAGAGGAUGAGGUCUUCCCCGACGAUUACGAUCCUUAUGAGGGAGCUCCAGCGACUCCGAUCGAGGCACAACCUCUUAUCCAUGUACAUGACACCGAGUCGCAGGGUGAGAUUCUGUCGAUAGAGGCACAACCUGCAGUGGUUAAGAGUCGGAAGAGGAAGAGAAAGCCUCCUGUAUGGUUCGGUGACUAUACGGAGAUGAAGAGGAGACAUAGGCCAUCUUCGACUUUUGAUCCCCUGGAGCCACCGGAUGAGAAAUUGUUAACCACUUUCCGAAAGUGGUGUGUUGGACUCAUUCCGAACCACCGACUUCGGGAUUUGAGAAGUGGUGAUUACGGUCCAGGAUUCUUUUGGACAAUGCUCACACCAAAGGAAUGGCUUACAGAUGACCAUAUAGAUGCAGCAAUGCAUAUGCUGAGGAGGCGACGCACCGACUAUCCACUAACAUUUCCUCAGAAGGGUGUCAUUCUCUCCACAUUCGUGACCGCCAUGAUCAGCAGUGCAUGGACGAGCCACAAGGGUCCGAGGAAAAACUUUGUGUGGGAGGAUUAUAUCCUGGACUACUGCAGAGGGGUUCAUAAGUCCCAAGUCUUUGAGAGAUGGAGGGGUAACGAGUUUAUUUACUUCGUUCUGAACCUUCCCGAGGCAAGGCACUGGGUCACAGUUGAAGUCGACAUAGAGCUGUGGAAAAUUAAUGUCUACGACUGUGAUUCCAGCGUCUGUCAUUGGACCGCCUUGGAACCCAUCCUAAAGGUUUGGGCAGAACUGCUGCCCUCGCUAAUCCUUGCAACCGGGGAAUUUCCACAUAACAACCAGAUCAUGGCGUUAGCUAACUGUGACAUCACGGUGCUUCCAAAAAUGCACUCGACUCGAGCCACUCACGACUUAGUUCCGAAGUCGGCAACUGUGCACAUAGCGAUAAAAAAAAAGAACAAAGGCAAAUUCCCCAUCUUAACUCCUGAAGAGCUGAAGCAGGAGCCUGAUGUUGGCAUAGUUACUCCUGAAAUGCAGAAAGUUUUUGACGCCCAAAGAGCUUUCGAAAGAGAACGAUGUGGGAACGAGUUCAGAUCAGAUUAA